CUCCCAUGGACGUGGAUGGGGGCCGCCCGGGGGUGGCGGCGACGUUGCGGGCGCUGAACGGGGCCCUGGGGCGCCCCGCCGCGCUCUGGGUGAAGGAGAGCGGCGCCCGCAACCUGCGCCACCGGGAUUUCCUGGCACCGCGGGCCGCGCUGAACGCCGCCUUUCCCGGCGGGCAGGUGCCUCCCGAGGCCGUAUCGGCGGUGUCGUCGCUGCGGGGCCCAGCAGUGCUGCCGCUGCGGGUUUGCCAGCAGACGCCGGCUGGGCUGGCGGUGCAGGUGCGGCGUCCUGAGGCCUUCCAGCGCCUGUUGAGGCCUCUGCCCGACCCGGCUUCCCCGGCGGCGGGGGCGCGGACGGGCUGCGUGGUGCUGCACUGCCCGGCCCUGCGGAGCCCCGCUGCCUUGCGGCCCCGCCACCUCCGCUCCGUCCUGGUGGCUGACCACCUGGCUCAGCUGCUGCGCGCCCAAGGGGUCAGCGUCCGCCUGGUCCCUGCCCUCAGCGAGGAGAGGAGCUGGGACGUCCUGCGGCAGCUCCGCGUCUACUGGCCCUCGGGCUCCGGUGGCUCGUCCCUCACUGAUGCCGUCUCAGCCUUGAAGGCAGCGCUGGGCCGGUGCCCCUAUGCUGCAGCCUACGAGCAGGGGCCGGGCACAGCCGAGGGUGUCAUCUCUAAGGUGCACCUGAAGAGCUUCGUGGAGCAGCAGAGCUUGUUGGGCUAUGACCCCAAUCUAGAUGUGCUUCUUGUGACAGAGGGGACACUGUGGUCCUUGGCUGAGCUGCAGGAAGCUGUUCUGCAGUGUCCAGCCAAAGGCCAGAGCAGUUGCUGCAGCAUCGUGCAUGUGGUGAACUGUGAGGAGGAAUUCCAGCUGCAGCAGCUGGAUGUGCUCUGGAGGAUUUUGGAUCCAGGAGCCCACACAGCUUUACAGAAAUACCUUGUCUGUGGGCCAGUGAAGGUGACCAACCCUUCAUCACCCAUUGGGGCAGACCAGUACUUCCAGCUCCGAAAGCACCAGAUGUAUGAAGCCUCUGUGAUAAAGUAUGGGGAGCUUGCGCAUGAUGAGGCCUGGACAGAGGUGAUUGAUACUCUAACAGUAGCUGCCAUCAGGUUUGAGUUGCUGAGCACUGCUCACCGGAGCCAGAUUACACUGGACCUGGAGAACAACAGCAUCUCCACGAAGGGAACAAAGAGCGGUGCCUUUGUGAUGUACAACUGUGCCCGACUGGCCACACUCUUCAACACCUUCCAGCGGGCUGUGGAGCAGGGCACAUAUCCACCUCUGCCACCAGUGUCUGAACUGAACUUCUCCUGCCUCCGAGAAGAGGGUGAAUGGCUCCUGCUCUUCAACUGUCUCCUGCCCUUCCCUGAAGUCCUGCAGCAGGCAGCACAGCUGCCCCCACCCUCCAAGGGGAUCCGGAUCACUGCCAACACAGAGACAGUGUGCAAGUUCCUGAUCCAGCUCAGCAUGGAUUUUAGCUCCUACUACAACCGGGUGCACAUCCUGGGGGAGCCAUUCCCUCAUCUCUUUGACCAGAUGUUUGCGCGCCUCCAGCUGCUGGGAGCAGUGAAGGAAGUGUUCCACAGUGCACUGGCAACCCUGCACCUCCCUGCUCUCAGCCAGAUCUGAGCCAGCCCUGAAGAGCUGUACUAUGGUGUGACAGUCACCUAUGCACCACCUGUUGUGGGGGGAGAACAGGGGACAUGCUGCUGGCAGGGCGAGUGGUAAGCAGGGCCCAAUUCAGGAUCAUGCAGGCACUUCCCCUGGCCCGUGGUGUUUGGGGAUUGGUCUGUGUCCAGUGUGGGACAUAGAUGCCCCUCCCUAUCCACACCAGCAGAAGGGAAAAGGGUUCCUGUGGCACCCUAGAAGCUGGGCUGGAAGUACUGGGGAGGUGGCACCAGGGACCAGUCACAAAGCCAGACAGACGCCAACUUCACUUCCCUCGAAACUUUAUUGAAGGGUGCUCCAUGAUGGCAGGGAGCUCCUGAGGCUCCGAGCCAGGCCCCAGUAUUGGGGUCCAAUACACUUAUUGCUGGACAAACCCUCUCUGUGUCUGACCUCAAGGUAGUUUGUCCUUCCUUUGGUCUGACUAUCCUGGGUCCUGCUGCUGUGCAGGAACAACCCAAUUGGCUUAAGGGGGGGGGUGGCAUUUGUGGGCAGCCCAGCCACCCCUCUUGCCACAGAAUGCUGCUGUGGAGAAUCAGCAUCCCUGUGCAUUUCAGCAUCAUCCUCAGCACUGCAGGGUCAGGACUGUCAAACAGGGCCCUGUCCCAGGACACACACACACAAGGCUGCAGCCCAUCAUGUGUCACACCAGUGCCUGACCCUUCCUGGCCUCCUCCUUUUCUCAAGCUCCCCAGGCCAGGCCAUGUCCUCAGUGCCCUCCCAAGCACGGUUCCCCUCUGCGCCCAAGACUGGAAAGCCGACAUGGGUCCUUCACACCUUGGAGAGGAAGAGCUGCUCUUCAGCAAUGGGGACCAACAGUCCCACUUUUUUACUGCAUGGGGAAGCCCCAGGCUUGUCCAGGAGGGAUCACAUCUACCUUCUUCCCAGAGACCACUAGCCUUGAUCACUACAACCAUGGUAUGUGCCUAAAGGAGUCAAGUAGGCCUGUCCACUCAGGACAGGACAGAUCCAGUGUGCAGGCAGGGACCUGGAUGUGUCACACACCUGCCCCA